AUGGAACCAGAAAUAAUUAUAUCAACAAAUAAUUUAAGUAUAAAACAAGUUGUAUUAUUUGCUAAUAAAAAGGUAGGAUUUUUUAUUGGUGAUAAAACAAUUGCUCGAGUUAACGAAUACAGAAAUAAUUUAGCAAUUAAAUUAAAAGAAAAUAAAAACAAAUUUGAUAUUAAAAACUUUGUAUACAAUGACAAUGGUAAAGAUUUGAAAAAUUCUUUAUCAAUUUUAUCACCAUUAUUGCCAAACAAAAUCAAAGAAAAUUCUAAUGAAGAAAUUAAAAUUAAUCAAGAACAAAUUAAAAACAAAGAUCAAUUACCACAAACAAAACCAUCAAAUAAUAAUAGUAAUAAUAGUAAUAAUAAUGAUAAUAAUAAUAGCAAUAACAACAAUAAUAAUAAUAAUAAUUAUAGUUAUUUAAAUUAUUUAAAUGAUAAUAACCAAAAUAAUAAUUUCAAAAUUAAUUUAAAUGAAAAUUUAAUAAUUCAAAAUUCUUCAAUAGUUUCAAAUGAUUAUAUACCAGAUAAAGUAUUAAGAGCAUCAUUAUUAAUUCAAUUGAAUUUAUUAUCAUCUGGAACAUCAGGAAUUUCAUUAUUGACAUUGGAUUCAUUAAUAAAAAGAUUAAAAGAAGAUAACCUUCCAUUAGUAAUUGAUAAUUGUUCAAAUGGUAAUUCCGAUUCAAUAUCAUUAUCACAAGCAUCAUUGCCAUUAAUUGGUAAAUCAAUUUCAUUACCAAAUGGUAAAAUACCAAAAGUUAUUCCAUAUCCAUUUUUAAGUGGUGGUUGUAGUAAUGAUAUCGAUUUUAAUGGUGAUAAUAAUCAAACUCAAUGUAGUAGUAGUAGUAGUGAUAAUAAUAAUGAUGAUGGUGAUGAUUUAAUUAAUUCAUUAAAAGAAAAUGAACAAUUAUCAAUUUUAGAGACAAAUUCAUUAAUUAAUGGAAAUUGUAUAACAUUAGCAUCUGGAGCAUUAACUUUAAAUGAUGUUUCAUGCUUUUUAAAUGCUCUUGAUACUUCUGCCUCAUUUGCAAUGGAAGCAUUCAGAGUGAAUUUAAAUAGUUUAAAUUCUGUAGUUAGUAAAGUUCAUAAUCAAAAUGGUCAAGUUCAAUGUUCAAAUAAUUUUCAAAAUAUUUUAAAUUUUAGUAAAUUAUGGUCAUCAAGUGAUAAUCAAAAUAAUGAUAUUAAUAAUAAUAAUCAAACAAAUGAUAGUAAUAAUAGUGGUAAUCAAACACCAAAUUUAUUAAAAGAUAAAAAAUGUAAUUUAAUUGAUCCAAUGAGUUUUAGAAAUGUUAGUCAAAUUCAUGGUGCAGCAUAUACAUCAUUUGAUUGGUGUUAUGGUAUAUUUGAAAAAGAGAUGAAUUUAUGUGUUGAUAAUCCAUUGAUUCAAAGUAAUGAAGAUAAUGGAUUACCCUAUACAAAUGGUAAUAUCGAUAGUGGUUUAUUAUCAUUGUCAAUGGAUACAUUAAGAUUAUCACUUUGUAGAUGUAUACAAACACAAGCUCAAAGAAUUUCAAAAUUACCUUGGAAUGAAUUUAAUAAUUUUCAAAAUUUCAAUUCAAGUGGUUCAGUUGGUAGUAAACAACAUACAAUUGAACAACAAAAGAAUUACCAUUAUCAAAUUUUAAAUCUUUGUAAAAUUGCCUCAUCUAUUGUAUCAACGAUUCAACAAUUAUCACAACCUGUAUUAACUCAACAAUCUGGCAUGCAAUUAUGUGAAGGUUAUGAAGACACAUCUUCACAAGCACCACUAUCAAUAAAGAAUACAAAACAAUUGAUUGAACAAGGUUGGAAAUUAAUUACCAUUGAAAUUAUCAUUUCAAUUUAUUGUAUUAAACAAAGAAAUAUUUCAGUUGGUAGUAUUGGUUUUGGUUUAAGAUCAUUAUUCAACUCAAUUCAACCUCUAUUACCUUGGUCAACUUCACCACCAAUUUUACGUUCACCACCAAUGGAUAUUGAUCAAACUUCUUCUUCAUUCAUCUCUACACCUCUAACACCUUCACAAAUACUUGAUACUCGUUCAAUUCAAGAAAUUAUUAAAAAUUAUAUUUGUGAUAAUUAA